AAUAAGAAAACCAACAACUUUGAAUGGGAAGCAGAAGAUUCACAUACCCCCAAGGCAUGUGGGAAGACCCUGAACAUGGCCACAGAAAGUUUUCCAGACUUCUUGAAUAAGCUCAAGGAAAUCCAUGAAAAAGAGGUCCUAGGACUGCAAACAAAGCUAACAGAGCUGACAGCAGAGAAGUGUCGAGAUGCACAGAGAAUUGAAGAGCUGUUUGCUAAAAAUCACCAGCUAAGGGAACAGCAGAAGGUCCUUAAAGAAAAUGUAAAAGUGUUAGAAAACAGGUUGAGAGCAGGUCUCUGUGACAGAUGCAUGGUUGCCCAGGAGCUCGCCAAGAAGAAGCAGAAUGAGUAUGAGAACUCCCACUUUCAGAGUCUCCAGCACAUCUUCAUCCUCACUAAUGAAAUGAACAGGCUGAAGGAGGAAAAUAAAAACCUGAAGGAAGAACUGAAGAGGCUACGAAGCCUGGAUGACAGAACAAAGCACCAAAGAGCCCUCCCCAGAGAAAGCAGCUCCAUCCCGGACUCACCAUUGGCUUUACUCUCCCCAGUAAGCCGGAAACCCAGCACAGACAAAGCAACUAGCAGAGAAGCAGAAGAAGGGUAUCAUGAACAGCCUGGCCAACAGCUGGGAGAAGAAAAGUCUGCAGGACAGAGAUGUUCUCUGGGCAGUAGGAUGUCUUCAAGUGCUGUUAUCCAAGAAGCACAUGCUCUGGAAAUGACUUCCCAGAGGCUAGCUAACCAGCUGCAUGGAACUAUCGCUUUGGUGAGAUCUGGCUCCAGACCGUGCCUCCCGGAAAAAAUCUCUGCCAGGAGAGCAAUGUCACCAUCAGCAAGAAAAACCUCACUGUUCAUGGAGCGUGAGCGCAGCCCCAGCCGUGAGGCUUGCUUAAGAACAAACAAACCAGAUUCCCACAAAGCCACUUCGUCCUAUGGAACUCUACAGCUGACUACCAGGCAGGAGCAGCUCUGCCUCCUUAACAAACAUUUCUCUCUGCACCAGUUUGGACUCAGGAGUAACAGCACUUCUGCAGAUAGGGACAAUAGCUUGCCAAGCCACUUGCUACAGGCCAAAGAGGCUGAAGACAGAACGAGGCUGCAGGAGGAAUGGGAAGAUCAGGCCGCCAUUUUAGAACUCCCUGGAGCUGUGGUGUACAUGCGGGACCAGCAUUUGGAGGGGAGACUUCCAUUUCUUAAGCACAGAGAGAGGCUCCAGUAUCUCCUGGCACAAGAGCAUCAGCAGGGAUUCAGGGCCAGGACAGAAGGUGACCAAAAUGCAACUCCAGUUCCAGCUGCUCCUGAGGAAAGGCCCCUUUUCCCACAGCCGAGUGCGACCGUGGGGUGCAAAGAAGAGAGGUCGUAUCUGGAGAAACCUGUAGAAAGGAAAGUUGUUUGGAUAAACAGGGACAACGUGGAGCAAAGGGAGGAGGCAGAGGCAGCAAGAGAAUGUCUCCUGGACACACCUCUGGACCUGUCAGAUUAUGGCAGAAGGAAUGAAAACCUGAAACCUGCCAGCUGGCACAAAUCCCCCAAACAGCAUGAGGCUGACAGUCCAAGUCCAAUCUAUCCAGAAAACCCCACUCUUCAGACAGGCCAGAGCUCCAACGUGCUGCCAAGAGCAGAGCGUGAGAACUCCCACCUAGCCUGCAGCCAGCUCCCUGCGGUCAAACCGCUGCAAAUCGGCAAUGAGACCGAGCAGUUCCGUGCCAAAGAGCAAGAGGCCCUUGCAGCACCUUUGGUCCCUUCCCCACAAGGACAACCCGCUGGCAAGCUACCAUCAUAUGAUCCUGCAACAGAUUCAGAGAUCAGGAUGAGAGUGUCUCCUAGGGCACAGAAGCGAGAACCAGGUGCUCAAACAGAGGAAGACGAUGCGGAGUCUGUGAAGCAGGAUUCCAAUGAGCCUGACACGUCGGACAGCGAGGUGGCUGCCACUUAUGAACAUGAAACCCACCAAGAAGAACAUGCAGAAGGAGAACAUUUGUGCACAGAGGAGAAGGGUGAGGUCUUGCAAAAGAAAAGGAAAAGAGGGCAGGGUCCAGGGACAAAAGCAUAUAAGAAGUCAGUGAGAGGAAGAAGGAAAAUCAAAGCUCCCCAAGCACCGGCUGAUGCAGCAGAAAUUACAAAGGAAAUGGAGCACAACAGCCCUGCUUGCGGCAACGACGUCUUUGAGGAGAACUGAAAAGUGCAACAGGCAGUAAUAUCCCAGACCGUGUGGACUGCAGGAAGAGGCUUGGACCGGGAGCCAGAGAACCCAGUGUUUGAACCCCAGCUCUGAUAGUGACUUCCUCCUGUGAUCCCUUCCAACCCUGAUAUUCUAUGAUUCUAUAUUGGGGAUUGGUCCUGCUUUGAGCAGGGGGUUGGACUAGAUGACCUCCUGAGGUCCCGUCCAAUCCUGAUAUUCUAUGAUUCUAUGAACUUGGGCAAGUCACAUAACCGCUCUCCUUUGGUCUCCCCGCCCAUGAAAUGGGGAUACAGACAUUUUGUUAGCUCGUGGGGGACUUCAGGGGGAUUAAUUCCCAACAAUGUGGAAAGCACUUUGAAGAUACUUACGAAGUUCUAAGUAUUAUUGAUGAGCACACAGCUGAGGUCCAUGUAUCAUGGCAAUGGUAAACUCCACGGGAGCCUGAGCAACACAGCUGAGCUUCCAGUGGUUUUACACAAGGCCUGCAGAACAAACAGCUCGGUGUUUUUCACAUUCUCAGAUGAGAGCAGAACCUCACUGGAAAACAAGAGCUGGUGAUGCCUGUCCUUGAUGGCACAGGGCUGACACAGCAGGUGUUGUUAGAAGCUGUCUCGCUGCUGAUCUCUCUGGGUCUGAUUCUCUUCUCCAGCACACCAAUUCCACGCUAGUGUCACUCCCACACUGAGUCACUACCGGUUUACGGCCUGAUGCUGCACCUUGCUGGAUCAGGCCCUCGUGCUGCUGUCUGCGAGAGGAGAAUUAAGGCCUUAAAUGCAGCACUGCUUUGGAGUGCUGGAGUCAGGACAAGGAGCAGAGACUUUAGAGGAUGCAAUGUCAUGGCAUUUCAUACAAGGAGAAGCACUUCAAGGGGGUAAUUACAAAGACAAGCUGAUGGUAACAGGGAUAUACCUGUUAAACAUCCCAUUUGUGAGUUUCUGGCUGUAGGAUAAAAGAAGGUGACAAGCAGAACACGUUGCACAAUUAAAUGUGCUCAGGCUCCCUUCUCCCCACAUGUACAGCCUGCAUUGAUUAAAUCGCUGCACAGGUUGACUAUAAU